GCUUAGCAACUCGAUCGAGUGUUCAAAGCUGCUGGCGCCGAAGGCUAAAGUUGCGGUUUCGGCAAUACACAACUGAAUCCGCUGUCCUUAUAAGCACCCUCUCUCCGACUAAGAUUUACCGUGCCCCUUAUGCAUGAACCAUGACACGUUCUCCCAGUCCCUCGUCCUCACUCGACAGUGAAGUCGAUGGUGGGGAAUCACCAUACUUGCGGUUUGAGAAGUUUCACCAUCCAAUACGAGCCCCAUCCUCUCAACCUCCAAGCCUCCUCACAGGCUCCAUCAUCCUCCUCAGCUCUCUCACAUUUCUCGUCCUAGGGGGUUACGCCACCCUAUUCAGUGCUUUCCUACCUCGAACAGGGAUCUAUUUGUUGGACGUCCUGGCGGAUGAUAGGCACUACAAAUACUUUGUGGUAUUGCUUAUACCCACUACGGCGUAUUUUGUCAUUGCGAAUUGGGUUGGGUGGCAAUAUUAUCGCAAUUCAUGACAUUGACAAUCGUAAUCGGGAUUAAGGACUCUCACGCUAUUCGACAAUCCUCGCUGAGAACGGUACCUGCCAGCAAGGCCACGGUGGCUUACUGCGAUUCACAAUUCACAACAUCGUGGCUUAAAGUUCAAGGGAACUGUACCACCUUGCAAGUCACCUGGAGCAUUUUUGGGCACUCGUUAAGAACUGCAGUUCCGAGGGUUUAUGCAUGUUUGGAAUGAGCGCAGUAUGUGGCCAGAAUUGGUCUCAGCUUGCCAAUACAACGCGACUUCUACAUUUGUUGGAUCCGUCUUGUCAGCACGUCCCCUAAAAAGUUGACGGUACAGAAGUGCCUUGCAAGGUUGUGCACGAGUUUUCCAUCAUGCUUUCGCAGUCUGGUGCUCCGUGGCGACUUUUGCAUCCAUGACACUGUAGGUGAUGUACAUAGGUGCUACUUUGGUGAGGACCAUUGCUAUUCUACAGUUGCGGACAAGCCAAAUCGACAAAGUCAGUCGACCGUUGAUGUAGCGUUCAACACAUGUCCGAUAAGCUUUUAAACCAGUAGUACAAUGAUUCUGAACUGCAAUGAGCAGAACUGCACGAGCCGAUUCUUCAAAAAAUAAGUUUUAACUUUUGGA